UUCGCGCGGCCAAAUCGAGGCACAUCGAACUUCUCGCCGGUUUCCUCUGUUUCUCUGGGUUUUACUUCUCUUAAAACACAAAGGCACGAUUGCUACGCAGGCUAGAUUUCUGCUAUCCGCCAUGGAUGAAAAUCAUGCUAACCACACGGAAGAGCUCCGUGCAGAUAUUAUUGUUAUUGGGGGUGGUAUUAGCGGCUUAUGCGCUGCUAAACUCCUACAGCAAGGUCAUGGAGUCGACACGCUUGUAUUGGAGGCGAGAGAUCGUGUUGGAGGACGAACCGAAACUUUGGUGGAUCCACGAUUCAAAUACACAGACCUUGGCGGAGCGUACGUAGGCCCGACACAGAACCGAAUACUUCGGGUCGCUAAAGAGCUAGGAGUAGAGACAUACCAGGUGUUCUUCGAGGGGAAAGUCUCGGAAUACUUGGGUGGCUCAAGGAGAUUCUACAGCGGGGAAAUGUCGACUUGGAACCCAAUAGCGAUUUUGGAUUACUAUAGUAUGGUCAAACGUAUUGGUAAUAUGUGUAAGCAGAUCAGCGUGGAUGCCCCUUGGAACACACCCCAAGCGCUUGAGUGGGAUCGCAUGACUGUAGAAGAGUUCUUUGAGAAGAUGUGCUUGACAAACUACUGUAAGAAGCGGAUGGUGCAAAUCUACCAUGAUGCCAUGGCCGCUGAGCCGUGGAACAUGUCUUUGCUAUACUAUCUGUGGUACCUUAAAUCAGGGGAUGGGAUGUUGAGGGUUGCAGGAGUGGAAAACGCAGGGCAAGAGAGGAAGUUUGUUGGGGGUUCCCAGCAAAUAAGCAAUAAGCUAAAAGAGAGGCUUGGAGACAGGGUGAUUUUAAAUAGUUCAGUGGUCAAAAUAGCUCAGGAUGAAGAUCAUGUAGUUGUGACCUGUGAGAACGGCAAGUCUUAUAAAGCCCAAUACGUCAUCAGCGCCAUGCCUCAAGCUCUACUAAACCAGGUGUCAUUCAAUCCUCCUCUUCCUGCCUUGAAAAACCAGCUGAUUCAGCGCAUCCCCAUGGGCUCAGUAAUCAAGACCAUCACUUUUUAUGACAAGCCUUUCUGGAGGGAAAAGGGGCUCAAUGGGUGUGUGAUAGCAGAUUCUGAGUCUGGACCUGUUCAAGCUGGACUGGAUGACACCAAACCUGAUGGAUCACAUCCUGCACUCAUGGGAUUUAUCAUCGGCGACCAAGCUCUCAGCAUGUGUCAGAUGACGCAAGAGGAAAGGAAGAAAGCAGUGUGUGCUCAGUAUGCGAAGAUCUUUAACUGUGAGGAAGCCCUCCAUCCCUGUUGUUACAUCGAAAAGAACUGGCUGGCAGAGAAGUACUCAGGGGGGUGCUAUGUCAGUGUCGUGCCCUGUGGCAUCCUGACAAAGUUCAGGGACACCCUCACCUUGCCUGUAGGGAGAGUUCACUUUGCAGGCACAGAGACAGCCACUAUUUGGUGUGGCUAUAUGGAUGGUGCAGUGCAAGCCGGCGAGAGAGCAGCUCGUGAAAUACUCCACAAGAUGGGAAAAAUACCAAGCAACAUGAUCAACCAGGAGGAACCCCCUUCUCAGGAGGUGGUUGCCAUGCCCUGCACCCUUACCGCCUUUGAGAGAUGCCUGCCGUCCGUACCUACUGCGGUUACAGCUAUUCUACUUGGUGGAAUUUUGAUUGCUAGGUAUUUGAGAGCCAUCUAAGAGUGAGGGUGUACUGAUGCAAUCAAAGUAUGUCAGAAUGCGUUUUCUUGGGUGUCAUCCUUUGCAAAUGCUGCAAUACUGUUCUGACUCUAUCUAUCUAUACUGUUCUGACUCUGUCUAUGCAAGGAUAGAUUGUUAAUUUUUAUAUUUUGGAAGACAACCAUGAUGUUUUUUAAACAAUAUAAGAAAAUAACAAUUCAUAUAAUAUAUAAUAAUAUGAUUAAAUUAAAAAUUGAAAAAAAUCGCAAAAUGACUUCUAUAAAGACUAAAGGUUUUGAGGUCGGAAGACUGCCCCGGAAGAAAGCUUAUAGAACUCUCGAAGAAAUUUCCCCUGUACAUUUUACUACUUCUUACUAUUUUUUUAAUGUUACUUUUAAAACAAUCAACGAAUAAAGGUCAAGUGAAUUUUU